AUGGAGAAUAACCAUUCUGCGAUGAUGGUUUUCUCUGAUCACGCAGUAGCUGAAAUUGAGAAAAAGAUUAUAGAAGCUUUUGAGGUGUUUGACCAUGAAUGCAAUAAAACUGCGGAUGUCAGAGAGGUUGGUUCAAUUGUCAGGUCACUGGGUUGCUUCCCAACUGAGGCGGAACUACAUGAACUGCUUGCAAAGGUAGAAGAAGAAGAACCGACCGGAUAUAUUCAUCUGGAAAAAUUUCUUCCAGUGAUGACAAAAGUACUGCUCGACAGAAGGUACCGGCCUAUUCCAGAAGAUGUUCUUCUACAUGCAUUUGAGGCUUUGGAUGAGAAUAAACGUGGAUAUAUUACUAAAGAGGAGCUGGUCAAAUAUUUGACUGAAGAAGGUGAGCCUUUUACUCAGGAAGAAAUGGAGGACAUGCUCUCCACAGCUCUAGAUCCAGAGACAAAUACUGUUCGCUACAGAGACUACAUUUCAAUGAUGAUAGUAGACGAAAGUUAAGAUCUUCCCCUAUAGUGUUUCAGAUGCCUUUUGGUAACAGCAGUGUAGCUUGGCAGUUAGUUGAAAUAUGUAUUUUAAAGUAUAACAAAGCUCGGCUUGUGACCUUGUGCUUAUAAUUAAA